AUGUUACAAUCACCAUUUAAUUUUGUUCCUAAAGACAAGAGGAAACGGUCUCUGAGCCCUACAGUUACAAUGCAAAGACAUACAGAUGAUAUAUCUAGCGCAGCCACUCCCAAAUAUUCCGAACGCAAUAAGAUGCUAUUGUUACAUACACCACCACCAAGUACUCACAAACACCAUCAUCUCCGGUCUAAAAAGCAAAAAGUUGGUGAUGCUUGUGCAACAGUUACUGUUUCACACCCAGCACAAACGUUGUCGCCCACACCACUAAACUAUGAUAUCAAGGGUCGUGAAAACAGUGGUACCCAUACAGCACCAUCCACUCCAUCAAUAGAAACUCAUCAAUAUCAAGACCAGCAAGUUCACACACCACCACCAACAGCAGCCAAAAUAAAACCAUACAUCAAUAGAAACACAAGCUCAACCAGUCAUCAACGCUCGUCGUCAAUUGAAACCAAGUUGAAAAUAAUGCAACUAAAGAUUGAUAAUCUCGAAGAUUGCUCAGCCAGAGACGAGAUACUGGACUUGUUACAAUCAACAAUUGACGAAUUGAGUCAGAAUGAAAGGGAGUUGCAAUUACCAAGGCGGAAGUUUGAUGAGUUUAUGUUUGAGUCAAAUGAUCCAAUGACUCCCAUUAAUCAAAUUAUGAGCAAAGACGAUUCAGAGUUUAGUACGCCACCUCCGUUAUAUCAUCAAUCAGCAGCAGAUUCAAAGCAGCUGGGAAAUUACCUAAAUUUGGAUGAUUAUUGUAUACCUUCGUUUGCUAUAUGA